AUGGGGUUUCUGGUGACGUUUUCUGCUAUCCAGCUGAUCGUGAUUCCGUCGCGCCGGUACGACUCGUCGCCUCCAUCAACGGCGUCGACGAGAGGGGAGUACCAGAGCACCUUCACGUGCUCGACGGCCGCAUACCCUGUGUGCCGCUACUACUAUGGCAACGGCGGCGACUGGACGAACCAGAACAGCAGCACGGCAUCGGCCCGCGGCAACGGUGCAGCUGCGGAGAGCUCGCCGGCCACCGCCCCGCGGCACCACCGCGGCGCGAGCAGCGGCUUCUGCUACUUCACGUCGAACCCAGAGGCAACAAGCCACGAUCCGAGCUUCCGGCAGACACAGCGGCGUGGCGGAAGGGCACGGCAGCCACUGGCAGACGACAGGUCAGCCACCACCGAGUGCUCCGGCGCUGCCGACUACGGGUGGUACUACUCGCCGUCAUCUGCCGCGUCGUCGUCGCUCUUCGGAAACCCGCCGCCGCGAAGGACGCCACACCAGCUGGAGGAGGCGGUGAUGCCGCACAGGCUGGAGGAGGCGAUGAUGAUGGAGGUGAGGGAGCGGGCGCCGUUGCUAAUGGACGACGAUGGCGACAUUGACAAUGUGGGUGCCGCCGCGGUGGACGAGGCAAUUGCGUGGGCCAAGGAGAGGUUCUGGAGCCAAGCCUAG